AUGGGGCUCAAGGGAUUCCUCAGGACCUCCCGUUUAAACAGCGUAUCGCUUGCUGUGUUUCGAUUCUCGAAACCUCUGGAAGUGGGAAGUGCCGGGGAGCUCCAGGCGAACCCGAGGAGACGCGGGGGCGGGGCCGCGAACGUGCGUCCAACUCGUGCGCACCAGCAGCUCCGGGCGUCCGGGAGCGCGACGUCGGCCAGCGCGCGUCACCGAGCGGACGCCCCGGCGUUUCGGGCGGCUGGGCAGGCGAGCCGCCAAAGGCCAAGAGCGACGCAGGCCCGAGGUAGGGCGCGGGGAGCGCGCGGCCUCUGUGUCGCGCUAAGCACUGCGGCGCGGGCCCGGACGUACCGGGGCGCGUUCUGUCUGCGACAGAAGAAGGGAAGCGCGUUCGUCCCACGCCAAGGAAGAGACCUUCCUGCCUCUAUGGCAGUGGAGACCAAGCAAGCUGGCAGUCUUACAGCACUUAGAAGUAACAGUAUACACACUGAAAAACAGUGUGAGGUGUGGAAGUCUGCCCCAGGACUCAUUGAGCAAGUCACAACACUCGGAAGUGACACAGGCACAUUACACACUGCUGAGCACUGGAAAUACCUGCAAGCACUUCUGGGAAUACUUCAGAAGCUUCCACCACUGUUCUGUUUUUUAAUCAGAACAACAAGAAAAGAGACAUUAUCAGGGCGAAUGAAGUCUAUACACAAGGAACAGCAUGAUGUACAAGGCAAAAAGAAAGAACAUGGUUCAGAGAAGUAAAGGAGGAAGAACACGUUACCGAAGUAUAAAGAAUAUGUGAAAUAUCCUUCCUACUAGAUUGGAUAUAUCUUCAAAACUCUACUCAAGAAUUACUUCUGGUGUGAAGCUGUCCAUGGAUGAGACUACU